AUGGAUGCUGCCAACAAGUCUUCAGAGGGAGCCCCAUUCAUCCUAUUGGGACUGAUGACAAGUCCUGGACAGCGGUGGCCCCUCUUUGUGCUGUUCUUGGUCUUGUAUGUGGCAGGCAUCCUGGGAAAUGGACUCAUUGUGGCCGCCAUUCUGGCCAGUCCAGCCCUUCAUGCACCCAUGUACUUCCUGCUGGCCCAUCUGUCCUUUGCUGACCUCUGCUUUACCUCUGUCACUGUGCCCAAGAUGUUGGCCAACUUGCUGGCCCAUGACCGCUCCAUCUCCCUGGCUGGCUGCCUGACCCAAAUGUACUUCUUCUUUGCCCUGGGUGUAACUGACAGCUGCCUCCUGGCUGCCAUGGCCUAUGACCGCUACGUGGCCAUCCGGCACUCCCUCCACUAUGCCACGAGGAUGUCCCGGACCACGUGCACAGCCCUGGUGGGGACUGCAUGGGUCAUAUCCCAUGUCCACUCUCUCCUGCAUAUCCUGCUUAUGGCCCGCCUGUCUUUCUGUGCCUCCCAUCAAGUGCCCCACUUCUUCUGUGACCACCAGCCUCUCUUAAGGCUCUCAUGCUCUGACACCCGCCACAUCCAGUUGCUCAUCUUCACUGAGGGUGCUGCAGUGGUGGUUACUCCCUUCUUGCUCAUUCUCACCUCUUAUGGGGCCAUUGCAGCUGCUAUUAUCCAGCUGCCCUCAGCCUCUGGGAGGCUCCGGGCUGUGUCCACCUGUGGCUCCCACCUGGUUCUGGUAGGCCUCUUCUAUGGGACAGUCAUUGCGGUCUAUUUCCAGCCCACAUCCCGAUAUGAGGCACAGCGGGGUCGCGUGGCCACUGUCAUGUACACUAUAGUCACACCCAUGCUGAACCCUGUCAUCUACAGCCUUCGGAAUCGUGAUGUACAGGGGGCGCUCCGAUCCCUUCUCCCUAAGCAAAGGAUCUUGGCUAGUGACUUCUGA